AUGAAGUUUGUAUCUAAAGAUGUUUUAUUGAUACGAGCCGGAAAGACGUUAAUAUUUUAUGAUGUUGGUACUCAAAAAGAAGAUAUCUUAAUAGUUGGCAGUAAAUCGUCCCCUAACAGUGGUGAUGGGGAACACGAUUUACCUUUAGAAAGCAUUGGGUGUGUUGAUUGCUGUGAUAUAGAUUUAUUGGCUUUGGCUGAACAGCCACCAGUACCCAAGGUGGUCAUAUGUUUAUACCCUGAACUAAAAGUGUUAGCAACUCUUAAUGAUAACAGCUGUUCUGCAGCUUAUAAGUCCAUACUGUUUCUAAGGUUGGAAUAUUUAAUCGGCUUGAGGGAUUACCCGGCAUUCGAUUUGAUAGUGUGGGCAUGGAGGAUUGGAGAAAAACUUUUGGUCAUUGACACCGGAUUCAUUCAGCCGAAUCAGUAUCUAAAGUAA